AUGGAUCCUCGGAUUUUGGCAGCUUUAGUCACUUCUGUGAUCUCACAGGUCCUACUUUGCCUUCUUCUCUUUCCUUCUUCUACCACUGACCAUAUCUUUACUUCCACCUCUUCUACUUCCACUCUCUUUCCUCUCAUUCUCCAUAUCCUCUCAUCCUCUGAACUCCUCACUUCCAUUUCCCUCCUCUCUCCCUCCAAAAAACGCAAAAGAAACGGUUCAUUUGAAGAUUCCACAGAAGAAGAAGAAGAAAUUAACGAUGAGGGUUUCACCGAUGUUGAUGAUGAUCGUGAUCUUGAAAUGUCAUCGCAGGUUCCACUUCCGCAUCUUGAUUCCUUUAAAUUGUGUUUCCGGAUGACAUCUUCCACCUUCAAAUGGCUCUCUGGUCUGCUGGAGCCUUUAUUGGAGUGCCGUGACCCUGUUGGGUCUCCCCUCAAUCUCUCUCCCGAAAUUCGUCUCGGCAUCGGUCUUCUCCGAUUGGCUACUGGUUCUGGUUACGCUGAUAUCUCCAGUAGAUUUGGAGUCUCAGAAGCCACAUCCAGGUUCUGUACCAAGCAGCUGUGUCGUGUCCUUUGCACCAAUUUUAGGUUUUGGGUUGCGUUUCCCAGUCCUUCCGAGUUGCAAUCCGUGUCGGCGGCCUUCGAAGAUAUCGGUGGAAUCCCGAAUUGCUGCGGUGUUAUUGACUGUACUCGAUUCAGGGUUGCAAAAGAGGGGGAUUAUCAGGAAGACAGUGUUGCGGCGCAGAUUGUGGUUGAUUCUUCGUCUAGGAUUUUGAGCGUUGUGGUGGGAUUUCAUGGUGACAAGGGGGAUUCCAGGGUUCUCAAGUCUUCAACGUUGUACAGAGAUGUGGAAGAAGGGAAGUUAUUGAACUCUCCUCCCCUUUUUCUUAAAGGGGUUUCUGUUCCUCAAUACUUGAUUGGGGAUGGAGGGUAUCCUCUGCUCCCUUGGUUGAUGGUUCCAAUUGUUGAUCCCGUUCGUACCUCAUGUGAAGAGGAUUUCAAUGUGGUCCAUCACUUGAUGCGUCUUCCGGCUCUCAGAACCAUUGCGAGUUUGAGGAAUUGGGGUGUACUGAGCCGCCCAAUAGAAGAGGAAUUCAGGACAGCCGUAGCAUAUAUUGGUGCGUGCUCGAUCCUUCAUAAUGUUUUGCUUAUGAGGGAAGAUUAUUCUGCCCUCUGCGAUGUAACGGAGGAUUUCUCAUCGUAUGAUCAAAGCUCUCAGUACUAUCGGGAUACUACUAGCCUGGGGGAGAAUUCGAUUGAGCAGAAAGCUUGUGUCAUACAGAAUGCAUUGUCGGCUAGAGCAAAAGAAUUUCGGACUUGA